GUGGAUCUGCGCGCAGCAAAGACUGGACGUAACAUAGUUCGUGUUGGCUUAAUGGAACAGUGAACAGCUCGCAUUAGCUUGUAUCAGAAACCACAGGGUUAAGUGCUCGUUCUAAAUAAAGCCAGCUUUGAAGUAAGGACCUAGUACAGGCUCUUGAGAUUUGCUGUAUUUUAUUUGAAACAAAUUCGAGUCUUAUUUUAAAUUCACAUUUCAAAUGUUUAUGAAGAGGUUCGUAAACUGUGAUCCCUGAGAAAAAAACGUUAUAGACACAAACCUAUCGUUCUUAGCUUACAACACAAAACUAACGUGGCUUCUUGUCUUUUCUUUACAGUCGUAGGUUGUCACACUUCCUGGUACAUGAAGUUGACAGGUUUUUGAUCGGCGUGGUCUGUCUGUGACAAUUCUGCACGCAUGACUCUCAGUUCCAUGUUAGCUUAACAUUUUAGACAUAUUUUUACGAUAGUUUAUUUAUUUCUACGCGAUGCUGGUGUAAGACAGUAUGGUGACAACGGUGCAAAUUCUCUGACGAAAACUGUCGACACAGUUGAAAUCCAUGCUGGAGUUUAUUUGAAAGGCAGGUAUCUAGUGCUCACUUUUGUUGACGUUCCAAGUCCCUUGGUCAAGUUCCAUACAAACAAGGGCUUAUCAACCUAUAUCGAUUUUUACUUGUCGGAAAUUUCUGCACUCAUCUUAAUCUUUCAUUUUUGAUAGGCGGACAAAUGUGAUCAUGCCGAGCCCAAAGGAUAAUUUUCGUGCCAUAAAGAAAGAGUACAAAGUCCACAAACCCUUACAGGGAUGAUUAGCCUAGCUCUUUUAUGCCAGAAUGGCAAGAUUUAGACGAAAGACCUGUUUCGCAGCUAUUACGCUCACGUCUUUCGUAUUCGUCAUUACAGUUAUUCUGAAAUAUUUCACGCCUGAAGAUAAUGGUUUCAGUAAUACCUUUGGUCUAGGAUUCCUUCCUGUUAUCAGAAAAAUGGAUAAGGAUAACAUUAAAGUGGAAAGUGAGUCUAAAAAGGACAGCAACGCACCAAAGACCAUGACCAAGGGGACAGCUGAGGAAAAGACUAAAAACUUGGAGCUUGUGCUUCAAAGACUCCCUGAGCCCAAUUACAACAUGCAUGCAUUCUACUACACAUGGUAUGGCAAUCCACAGUUUGAUGGAAAGUACAUUCACUGGGACCACCCUCUUCUACCACACUGGGACCCAAAGGUGGCGUCAAACUACCCAAAUGGUCGACACAGUCCUCCAGAUGACAUUGGGGCUAACUUCUAUCCAGCCCUUGGAGCUUACAGCUCCAGAGAUCCUUCUGUUAUUGAAGCUCACAUGCAACAGCUACGAACAGCAUCCAUUGGUGUUAUAGCAGUGUCAUGGUAUCCACCAGGCAAGCAUGAUGAGAACGGAGACUCGACUGAUGACAUUUUGCCUUUGUUAUUGGAUGUUGCUCACAAAUAUCAAGUGAAGGUUGCUUUUCAUAUUGAGCCAUUCAAAGGACGGGAUGACAGAAGUAUGUUUGACAGUGUCAAAUACAUUAUGGAAAAAUAUGGGAAGCACCCUGCGUUCUACAAGUAUGAAAGAACACCUGGAGACGUUCUUCCUUUAUUCUAUGUGUAUGAUUCCUAUUUACAAAGCCCAGAUACUUGGGCAAAACUGUUAAAGAAAACUGAGGAAGGGAGCAUCAGGAAUACUCCGUAUGACGGAAUCUUCGUCGCUUUACUUGUAGAGGAGAAACACAAGAGAGACAUACUCGCUGCUGGCUUUGAUGGAGUCUACACGUAUUUUGCCACUAAUGGGUUUUCUUAUGGCUCAUCUCAAAAUAACUGGCCAGCCAUUAAAGCAUUCUGUAAUGAACACAACCUGAUUUUCAUUCCGAGCGUGGGGCCAGGCUACGUGGAUACCAGUAUCAGGCCGUGGAACUACCGGAAUACAAGGAAUCGCAUCAAUGGGAAGUACUAUGAGACUUCUCUGAGAGCUGCCCUGGAAACAAAGCCACCAAUAAUUUCUAUAACUUCUUUUAAUGAGUGGCAUGAAGGAACUCAGAUAGAGUCAGCUGUCCCAAAAACAGGAAGCCAGGGUGCAUACUCAGACUAUUUACCUCUCAAACCUAAUUUCUAUUUAGAGAUUACAAGUAGGUGGGCCAAAAAAUUUGAGGAAGAACAAGAAAAAUGGCUUCAGUUGACCAAAUGACAUUCCGUCUAAUGCCAGAUGUUGCUAACAUAGCACACAUCUAAAAUCUGUUUAGAGCCUUUUUAGAGGAUGUUAAUUAAACCACAAGGUCAUGUCUACUGUAUGUCUUCCUUCCUGCUGUCAAAAAGAAACUAUUAUUUAUGAAGAUUAUCAGCUGAUUCUCCAACUUUGAUUUCUGCAAAGAAUGUCUUCAUAUGCAGUAAAAAGAUGGCUGUGUCAAUAGAGAAGCAUUUUACUUGAUUUUAAACAGUGACUGGUGAAAGCUGUUAGCUGAAAUGACUGCUUCAUUUUUAAUGGUUGUUUAUUAAACAUUUUUAAAACAA